AUGGAAUAUCUAACUUUUACUAUGAUUUUUUCUAUACUAGUAAUAACUUUAGUAAUGUUAAUACUUAAAGGCAGAAAGAAUAGAAUAUUAGCGAAUCGAAUACCUGGGCCAAAUGGAUGGUUUCUUGUUGGUAUAUUACCACUGUUCUUACAAGGACCAGAACAAUUAUUAAAAAAUAUAUUAAGAGAAUACCGAAUAUAUGAAAAGCAUAUAGCAAAAUUUUGGCUUUUUAAUAAUUUAUAUAUUGUACUUACAAGACUUGAAGAUAUAGAAUUAAUUCUUAGUAAUCCGAAGUUUUUAAGAAAAUCCAAAGAUUAUAUGGUUUUACAAGAGUCUAUUAUGGGCCAAGGAAUAUUUUCCAUCGACGACAUUGGAAAAUGGAAAAAUAACAGAAAAAUUGUAACUAAAGGUUUAAAUUUCUCACCUAUAAAAUCAUUUAUACCAAUAUUUUACCAAGAAGCAAACGUGCUUGCCGAAAUACUCCAAGAAAAGUGUUUAAAAUCAAAUGAAUGUAAUAUAAGUGGUCCUGUUAGUAUGGCCACAAUGGAAAUGAUCGGAAAAACAGCUUUAGGUGUAACAUUCAAUGCUCAAACAGGUGGCUGCAAUAAAUUUGUUGAACAUCUACAAACUGCAAUGCAUGCAUGGGAGUAUAGAGUUACACAUCCGUGGUACUUGAACAACACAUUAUUCAGAUUUUCGUCAGUAAAACGUGAACACGAUAGAAGUCAAAAAGUCAUAAACGAGUUGACAGAUGAAAUUAUAAAAAAAAAAAUCAUUGAAUUAAACCAAAAUAUAAAUAGUUGUGAGAAAAAAAUACAAAGGGAUAAUGAAGACUGUUGUCCAAAAUCAAAAACAGUGUUAGAAAUUCUUUUAGGAAGCUCUCAUAAAAUGGACCACGAACAAAUACGAGACGAAAUUGUGACAGUUAUGAUUGGAGGACAAGAAACAACUGCUAUGGCGAUCACUUGUACUAUUUUCAUGUUAGCUCAUCAUCAGGGCAUACAAAACAAGGUAUUUGAAGAAUUACAAUCGAUAUUUUUGAAGGAAGAUCCUAAUAGACCACCUACUUAUAAAGAUUUUCAAGAAAUGAAAUACGUCGAAAUGGUAAUCAAAGAGACAUUGCGACUUUUCCCUCCGUUGCCAUUUCUUGGAAGAAGAUUAGAUAAAGAUAUGAAAAUAGGAGAAUACAUAUGCCCAGCUGGUGCUGCGUUAGUUAUUUGCCCAAUAUUUUUACAAUCAAGUCCAUUGUAUUACACCGAUUCAGAAAAGUUUAACCCGGACAACUUCUUGCCCAGCGCUUGUGGUAGUCGACAUUCUUAUGCAUACAUUCCAUUCGGCGCAGGACUUAGAAAUUGUAUCGGAAUCAAAUAUGCUAUGCUUCAAAUAAAGACUGUAAUUUCCACACUAGUAAGAAAAAUGAAAUUUUUCCCAUCUGACAGAUGUCCUACACCAGAAGACCUAAGAUUAAUGUUUUUAAUGACACUUAAAUUAGUUGAUGGUUGUUACGUCAAAAUCGAACCACGGACGUGA